AUGAGUAACGAAGCCGAGAAACCUCAGCGGCCCGAGGCCCCCAGGAUGGACUCUCUGCCUGCCGUUAGCCCGCUGAACGUCCCGGGACAUACACCUCAGAGCUCGCAGUCCUCCAGCCAAGGAGUUAUUUGGGACCCUUCAUCCUCAUCCAAUGCCCCUUCUGUCCAGCUCAAGGAGGUCGAGAACGUCAACAUGCCUACAGCAUCCAGGGGAUGGCGUUUCUAUGGUGCCUUUGGCACUUUGUGUCUUGUCACUUUCAUCAUUGCCCUUGACUCGACUAUUAUCUGCGUUGCGUUGCCGACCAUCGCAGAAGACAUUGGAGCCUCAGCCAUCGAGGCCUUCUGGUGUGGUACUAGUUUCCUCCUCGCCUCGACAGUCAUCCAGCCCCCCGUCGCCUCCCUAUCCCACAUCUUCGGCCGUCGACCAGCCCUUCUUGGCUCCCUGACCGUCUUUGCGGGUGGCAGCAUCAUGGCCGCCCUCGCGAAGAACAUCGCCGUUCUCCUUGGUGGCCGUACGCUUCAGGGCCUAGGCUCUGGUGGUAUCCUGGCUCUCACAUAUGUCAUUGCAACAGAUCUUGUCAGUCUCCGCGAGCGAGGCAAGUGGUUCGGCCUCAUCUCGCUCAACUGGGCCAUCGGAAGCAUCCUGGGCCCUGUAGUGGGCGGUGCCCUCGUCGAAGUUUCGUGGCCUUGGCUGUUCUGGCUGAACCUGCCUUUCUGCGCCGUGGCUUAUGUUGCCAUCCCUGUGACCAUGAAGAUCAAGAGAAAGGAGGAUGCAACCGUCAACACCAAGCUGAAGGAGUUUGACUGGAUCGGAACUGUCAUUUUCGUUGGAGCGCUGACGAGCUUCCUUAUUCCCCUGAGCUGGGGUGGCAUCAUGUAUGACUGGAGCAACCCCCGAACUGUCGUCCCCCUCGUCGUCGGCAUCCUUGGCCUCAUCGGAUUUGGCUGCCACAUCAAGUUCUCAACCAAGUACUCGACAUGCGAUCCCCUCCUUCGACCGAGCCUCUUCACAUCCCUCACGUCACUCUCGGCUUACUUUGCCACCGUCAUCCACGGAAUCCUGGUCUGGUGCCUGCUGUACUAUGUCCCCCUAUACCACGAGGUCAGAGGAUCUUCGCCCAUCGAUGCCGGUGUCGCUGUUUUGCCCUUUACGGGCACUGUUGCCCCCGCUGCUGUCGUCGUUGGACUUUUGAUUGCCAAGACCGGUGCCUACCGACCGUUUAUCUGGCUGGGAUGGGCCCUCGUGCCUCUGGGCAUGGGCUUGAUGAUGCUUCUCGAAAAGGACACUGAAACUUGGAAGUGGGUGCUCAUCUACCUCACUGGAGGUCUCGGCCUGGGUAUCCUCUACUCUGCCCAGGCUUUUGCAGCCCAGGCUGGCGCCUCCAACGCGGAUCUUCCCUUUGCUGCGAGCUUCUACGCAUUCUGCCGAUCUCUUGGCCAGGGUAUUGGCGUUGCUGUCGGCGGAGUGACAUUCCAGAACGAGUUCCAAAAGCAGAUCGAGAAGAGCGAGCAAUUUGCUCCCAAGGCUGCCGAGUGGGCUAAGGACGCCUCAGCUCUGGUACAAAUCAUCAAGAAGGCUCCUGAUAGUAUGAAUCUGAUGAAGGAGACCAUCGUCGACGGGUACAUCAAGGGCCUGCGAACCGUCUGGCUGGUCCUGACUCUCCUGGCCUGCGUGGCCCUCGUGGUGUCUGUGCUCUGCGUCAAGGCCAAGAGCCUGGAUCGAAAGUUUGAGACGGAGCAUGAGCUUGAUCAGGGUACUCAGGAGGGAGAAAAGGACAAGUCUGGUCCCGAGUCAGAUGUCUAG